UGGGACGGAGGGCAGGAAGCGGGUGCCCACGCGGGUGCCGUGGGGGCAGGGAUGGCCGUCUGGGGCAUCGACAAACCACAAGCCCAAUGGCGUGCGCCGGGCGUCUGCUGCUGCUGCUCUCGCUGCUGCCCGUGUGCAUGGCCUGGAAGCCCAAGAGCUUGUUCCUGUUCAAUAAGAGGACGGGAGAAGCGUGCGACGACCACUCCGAGUGCCAGAGCCGCUGCUGCGUCCCCAACAGCCUGAACGGGCAGGCCUUCUGCGCCGCCAAGACCAUCUUCCUCAAGUGCCUGCGCUGGGGGAAGCCCAACAGGGACGCGUGCUCGGACCACGCCGAGUGCCGCAGCCACUGCUGCGUCACCAACAGCGCCAGUUCGCAGACGUUCUGCAGGCCCAGGGGCAUCUUCCUGCAGUGCACGCCUUGGCGCAGGCCCAACGGCGCCCGCUGCGGCCACCACAGGGAGUGCCGGAGCCAGUGCUGCAUCGCGCUCAGCGAGGUCAGCCGUCCCCGCUGCGUCCGCCGGAGCGGCCUCCUGGCGCAGUGCCUGCCCUUGGUGAGCGCCCGCCCCCGGGAGGGGCUUCCCGCGGCGCCCGAGGCCGGCGGCCCGCGAGGGGGGCCUGGUCUCCACACCCGCGGGGCGCCCCCUUCCGGGAGGGGCUGACGCCUGCGGCCUCCGGGUCCGUUUUCCUUAACCGGAAAGGAAAGAGGCCCUGGGGAGAACGGGCCCCGCGGCCAGGGUCCCAGGGGGAAGCAGGUGCCGCGCGCCUGGUGAAGGGCGGUUAGAUGCGGGGCUGCGGGGUGAGCCCCGAGCGGGGGCAGCAUCAGGAUUCGCAACCGUGGGACUGAGGAAGGGCCGCCCAAGGGAGGACGAUUCCGGAGCCGCGCUUUCCUUCCCUCCGCUCCUUUUGGACCCUUGUGAUAGCGGAACAGUAACCCUAAAACCAGAAGGACAGAGGUCAGCCUCCUAGGGCACAAGACCUGCGCCCGUGGCAGACACAGUGGUGGGCGUGGAGACGAAGAUGGGGGGACAGAGAUGGAGGCAGAA